AUGGAGAGAGCUUUCGGCAGCCACCGUGGCCAUGGGUGUUUACUGUCGGCAGAGGUGCUGGUUUGGAGGAAGGACCCGGUGAUUCGCUGGGUCCUAUCGAUUGGCCUUAAAGAGGAGGCCAACAAUCGCGUAGACGGUGGCGUUCACGGCACGUUGAUGGCCUUAGACGGGACCUUCGAUGUCACCGCCCUGGCGCUUCUGGUGCAGAUCCCGACCCAGAACACACAGGUGACACCGGGCCGUCUGCACCCGCCCACUGCUCUCCUGCUGGAGACCCCGCAACCUACUGUGGAUCAAAACCGCCAGUUGCAAGAGCGCCUGGAGGUGGCGGAGCGGAGGCUGCAGCAGACCCCGAGGAAGGCCAAGUCGCUGCCCGAGGUGGAAGCCGAGCCGGCCCAGAGGGUGGCCACCCUCUGCAAGGUGGGGCCCCCGUUUCCUUCUGGGUCCCAUGAGGCGUGGCAACAUGGAAGAAAGGCUGCACCAGAUGGAGGCCCAGCUGGAGGAAAAGAACCAAGAACUGCAGCGGGUACGUGUCCGGGCGGAGCAGCCGCGCACCUGGCAGUGAUUGAGGAUGAGGCGCAGGCUGGGGGUGUGGGGGUAAGGCAGAGAGAAAAACUAAAGGAAGAGACUAAUCAACAUCUGUCCAGCACUAUUGACAAGCUCCUGUAUGAAUCGGACAAGCGACUUCAGCGUCAUCUAAAAGAGAGAAUGGCUGCUGCGGAAGAUAAGGAUCACCUUCUACGGAACUUCGAAGCACUGAGGGCCGUAUUAAAGCGGGCAAGAGUGAGAGGCUCUUCGCUUCACCACGGGCGGACGCACGUCGGCAGCAUCCCAGCUUCCAGGUUCCGUCUGGCGGACAGCCCCACGGAUGCCAGCAGCAGCAGCAGCAGCAGCACGGUGUUGCGGCGCCACCGGAAAGGCCGUGUGGCCCGUCUGCGACAUGAGCCUUCCAAGUUGCUGCCUUUGGAGGAAGAGUCACAAGAUAGCACGGCAAGGACACGAUGUGUACCGUCAGCUCCUUCUUCCCAGAGGUCCCUGAGCUUGGACAGGCUGCAGCAAGGGGCACUGCACAAGGCCAGCCACGAGGACAUCAGGGACGCCACAAAAUCCCCAGGCUCUCGGGAUGGCCCCUUGAGCAGCCUCAGCAAAACUAGCAAUAGCCAGGACUCACUGAACAACGCCCCCAAGAAGAAGGGCAUCACAAAAUCCAUCCGCUGGUUGCUCACCAGAAGACAAAAGGUCCACCCCAGCCACGCUAGCGACGAGCCUGCCUGACCAGUUUGCCCACACUGCUUCUACCGAUGGUCUUGCAGCACGCAGAGCCCAGCAGUGACUACAUUUGAAACUUCAACCAGAUCUUUCAUC